GCCGCCUUAUCUUCUCCCCAAACUCCCAGUUUCCCACAAUCCGCCGGAAGGGGAAAUCGAAUUUUCCAACGGUUCAAAAUUUCCCUUCAUUUUCGCAACAAUGGAGGCGACCUGGGUCUCCAAAUUCCCGCUAUCCUCCGCCGCACUGACCAAUUACCCGCCGCCGUUCACCGCUUCACUUCCCAUUUCCAGACGAACCCUAUUCAGAUCAAGCGAAUCCCGCCAUUGGGUUUCUUACGGAAUCCACAGCGUUACUCACUACCCAUUUCCUAAAUUGACUCGAAGGCUGUUUCUUCCUUCCGUUUCCGGCAUAUGGGAUGCGAUAACCGGCGGAGAUAAAGCCAGGGAAGCUGUUCUGGCCGUCCGUCGGGGAAUGCUGCUCUUUCGACAAGGAGAUGUGGUUGGUUCCUUAGCGGAAUUCGAUAAGGCGAUUGAGUUGGAUCCUCGUCAGAAGGCAUGAAGUUUGAGUCUUUAUGGAUAUUGGUUCUUCUCCCUUUCCUUAUGGAUGAAUUGGGAGUUUCUUUUCAGAUAUGUGGCAAAGGGGAUUAUCUCUUUACUAUCUGGACAGGUUCGAAGAAGGCGCAGAGCAAUUCCGGCUUGAUGUUGCGAUGAACCCAAAUGACACAGAGGAAUCUAUCUGGUGCUUUCUUUGUGAAGCUCAGUUGUUUGGUGUUCAUGAGGCAAGGAAGCGAUUUCUCGAGGUUGGUAGAGAUCCGCGGCCAGUGAUGAGAGAAGCUUACAAUAUGUUUAGAGAUGGUGGCGAUCCGGAGAAGUUUGCAGCUGCAUUUUCCAAUGGCCGCGAGAAUGAGUACUUCUACGCCUCUCUAUACACUGGACUUUACCAUGAAUGCCAGAAAGAAGCAGAUUCAGCUAAGUUCCAUCUGGUUGCAGCUUGCAAGUCUGUAUAUGGGAAAAAAUCUGAUGACUAUAUGGCUUCUCUUGCUAAAGUUCACUGUCAAUGUAGAAAUUGGAGCAUUGACUAAAAGAGUGAGAACAAAGAAGGUCAAUCAUUGGUUGCUUGGUUGCGUCAUGGUUGUUGAGCUUUCUUUCUUGGUUGAGCAGAAAGCGCUCAUGCUUGGAUACAAGUUCUCUGCCUCUCCAGUCUCCACCAUGAUGUAAUUCCCGAGCUGUCCAACUGGAGUCAAGGGAAAAUUGGAUAGUCGGAUCAGGUGAUUCAGCCCAAACGAACAGGUUUACGAAAUACUGUUGAGAGAGAGAGAGAAAGGCAAUUCAAUGUCACUUGUAAAUGACAUUAUUGUUUUAUGAUUUGUAAUGUUUUCUCAUCUGGAUUUGUAACGUCUCUGUGUUUAAUAAAUAAACACUACUAGAUAAAUUGGCCCGCGCGUUGCAGCGGGUAAGACAUUUAGUUCUUAAUUUUUUUUAAAAUUGUUUGAUUUUUUUACAUAUUUUAACAAUCUUAAUAUCCAA